AUGUAUAUACCUGAAAGAUCAGAAUAUGUUAUUCGCAGGCCUGUUAGCGUAGGAAAUGGAGUGCAGUAUGCUGGGUAUUCUGUUCUAGCAUGCCGUGUACACAUCACUGAAGCAACAUUAAAUCACUUGGGCAAAGCUUAUGAAGUAGAAGAAGGGAAUGGACACCUGAGGGAUCCUUACCUUGAAUCCAUGAAUAUCAAAACCUACUUAGUGGUUGAUCCAAGGUCUAAACAAUGCAUAUCAAAUAAUCAUCUCCCGAAAACAAGAGUUAAUGAUGGGCUGAAGAUGCGAGCAUCUGUUCGGAUGACACGUUACUUAGAGUCCUGGGGAGCAGCCAGGCCCUUUGCCCACCUGAACCACAGAGAAAGUGUGAGCAGUGACUCUUCAAGUUCACAAGGAAGGCGAAGAAAGGAGAUACCUUUGUGUUCCACUGGGCGCCAGAGAACUUCUGAUAGAAAUUCGUCUCAGAAGGGAAGGAUAGAGGAAGAUAUUUAUGAUGAAAUGAUGUCAACUAUUGAAGGCCUCAGUUCCACCAAUCCGUGGUGUGGCAAAUCAGAUGACUUCUGUGGAUUUUCACUGAUUUUUGCAGAACCCGGUCUUGAAAAAGAGUAUCGCACCAUUCCUAUUCUAAAACUGAAGAGUUACUUCGCAUGUGCCAGUUUUGUGUUCCUCUGUAUAUUUCUGAUACAGAUGUUUAUUAUGCCAAAAACUGCAAAACUAGGAAUUUCCUUUGGCGUUGUUGCAGUCAUCAUUGCACUUACUUUGUUUGUGUGCUUUGCUGAGAAAUGUAUGAAGUGCUGCUCGGAACGGUGGCCUUUCCUGCGUCAUCUUUGUGCUCUCUCGGAAAAGGUGGAAACAAUGCCUUUACUUAGGCUUCCUUUAGCAGUCAUCACUAUAGGUGCCUUGCUGAUUAUAGCCAUUUUUAAUUUGUAUUAUGCUUACUGCUGCAUAUUGGGGUUCAUUGCUUGCUCGGUAUUUCUUCAAAUGAGCUUCGAACUCAAAGUUCUCCUCCUGUCCAUUGCUGUGACUGUCUACCUCAUCAUUUUUAAUACCCUUCAGCAUAGAAACUUCGGCUUCUAUGGCAACAGUACCAGGCUUUUCAUCAAAGAGCCAAGGAUAAUGAUUAAUUUAUAUCUGGUUCUGUUUUACAUAACCCUAAUUUUACUUGCAAAACAGAUUGACUAUUACUGUCGACUGGAUUGUUUGUGGAAGAAUAAGUUUAAAAAAGAACAUGAACAGUUUGAAACCAUGGAGAAUGUUAACAGGCUUUUGCUGGAAAAUGUGCUUCCAGCACACGUUGCUGCAUAUUUCAUUGGUGAAAAACGAAAUGAGGACUGGUACCAUCAAUCUUAUGACUGUGUCUGUGUCAUGUUUGCAUCAGUACCAGAUUUUAAGGUGUUUUAUACUGAAUGUGAUGUCAAUAAAGAAGGCCUGGAAUGCCUGCGGCUGUUAAAUGAAAUCAUUGCUGAUUUUGAUGAGCUCUUGUUAAAACCUAAAUUUAGUGGUGUUGAAAAAAUAAAAACUAUUGGAAGCACUUACAUGGCAGCAGCUGGUCUCAGUGUUACGCCCGGCCAGGAGAACAAUCAGGAUAAAGAAAGACAGCAUGCUCACAUUGGGAUUAUGGUGGAAUAUGGAAUUGCCUUGAUGAGUAAACUGGACGGCAUCAACCGACAUUCCUUUAACAAUUUCCGCUUACGUAUUGGGAUAAAUCAUGGCCCUGUGAUUGCUGGUGUGAUUGGUGCCCGGAAGCCUCAGUAUGAUAUUUGGGGUAACACUGUUAAUGUUGCUAGCCGGAUGGAGAGUACGGGGGAACUUGGGAAAAUCCAGGUCACAGAAGAAACGAGUAAAAUACUACAGGAGUUGGGAUAUUCCUGUGAAUGUAGGGGACUCAUUAAUGUCAAAGGCAAGGGAGAACUGAGGACUUACUUUGUUUGUGCUGAGACCGCCAAAUUCCAAGGUAUGGGACUGAACUGA